AACAACAAAACGAAAGUGAAAGUACAAAUUAUAUUUUUCCGAAAACGGGUAUAUUACCCAGAUAGCUCUAGUCUUCUUUCUCGCAAGUUGCUGUUUUUCAUUUCCAGAGCUUGGAUGGAGCUAACAGUCAUCGGCAAGAGAUAGAGAAAACUUUCAUGGACAAGAUAAAAAAAUCUCAGAGACAUGUAAAAAACUUAUCGUGCACAUUCUUUCUGCCAUGUGAACUGACAUGUACUUGUACAAGAUGAACCACCCUGAGCGAUGAUGUGCCAAGGUGUUCUCAUUUAACAGAUAUAUAGUUUGCCAUUGAUCGUGUUGAGCCCAGCGGAACAGAAACAGUUAGAAUAUAGAGUACUGCCGUCAUGGUGAACAUCAUCAUGUGUGGCCCCGCAGGAGCGGGCAAAACUACACUGAUUGAAAACAUAAGUAAAAAAUGCAUACGACAAUUGAAAGGUAUUACAGACAUUGUGAACGUAGCAAGCCGUGUUCUGAGUGAACAUGGGAUUCACAGUAGAGAAGACUACAGAUGUAAUGAUAGAAACUAUAUAGAUGUAAACAGAGACAUCAUCCAGAGCCAGUGUAGUGAAGAAAGAAAUCUUGAUGGACAAGACUUCAUCACGGACAACUGUGUUAUCAAUGUACUUGUUUUACUAGAAAAAUGUGUAGGUGUAGAUGUUGUAGAGACUAUUCUGGAAAUGAAAGAAGUAGGAGAGACAAUUGAAAGAUACAAAAGAUCCUUAGUAGUGUUUCUUUGGCCUGUUCAGUACGAACAUGACGAUGGUAUGUGUUUAUCAAUUUCACAAGAUCAGUGGCCGGAAUUUAGAGAAACGUAUUUGAAGUUUUUUCGGAGAUUUCAAAUUCCGUUUCUAGAACUAAAAUUGCCUGACAUAGCAGAGCGUAUUUCUGCAAUUAAAGAGGCUAUUGACGGGAAACUUCCUCUGGAGUCAUCGACACUUCAAAAUUAUGAUCCAAAGAUGAAAGAUGAAGAUCGAAUAGUGCCCUCACAUUUCUUGUUUCACCUAAAGAAAGCAAAGAAGGAAAAUUGCAUCGCGAUCCCAACGAUAGAGAUCACGGAACAUUUCGCGAAACAAACGUGGACAGACUAUACUAAAGGAGAAACCAGCAGAUUCAUUGUUAGAGAGGGUCACGAUCAUUUAAUAUGCUUAAAGUUUGACAUAAGUGUAAAGGCAACAUUUGUUCAGAAGAUGUUGCUAGGAGGUUUAUUUGUAAAUGGUUGUCAGUAUUCCUUUUUAGGUUGCAGUGCAAGUGGUCUAAAGUCAAGAAAGUGCUUUAUGUACCAGGGGAAUGCUAGAGAUGUGGAACAAAUUCUUUUAAGACACGGUGACUUCAGUUCCAUCAGAACAGUCUCAAAGCGAUUAGCCAGAAUAGGACUGCUUUUCUCGGGUAUUUUUCCUACCACAGUAACUGUAGCAGAGGAAGAUAUUACAGAAAAGAACGACAUUACAACAGGUGAAACUGGCUUAAAUUUUACAGACGGCUGCGGAGGAUUAGGAAAGGCUAUAGCCCAGCAAUUGGCGUCGUCAUCAGGAACAGAUAUUACAAGUAAUUAUAUACCUUCAGUUUUCCAGAUAAGACUGCAAGGAUAUAAAGGUGUUCUGGCCUUAGCCGUAGACAUUCCUGAGAAAGCCAUAAUGGUAAGACCUUCCAUGAAGAAAUUUGACACCAAAGAACAUCCAUAUAUUGGUAUCUGUGGUCACUCGAAACCGUACACAUUUGGACACUUGAAUAAGCAGUUCAUCAUACUCCUUUCUGGCCUUGGAAUUAGAAAUAGUAUUUUUGAAAUAAAACAAGCGGAGUACCUGGAAACUAUUCGGAAUAUGUUGACAGACUCUGAAUCAGCCAUCCGUAUUCUUUUAUGGCAAAAUAUGGUCGAUUUCGCUCAGGACAUUAACAAAGCUGGUUGCAUAGAAAAUAUGUCAGACAUGAAGAAAGCUAAAUUAAAACAAGAACUUAAGCGACUACAGUCGAGUCUGGUUUCUAAAGCUGAGAAAUUAGACAUACUCAUCCCACAGUCAAGAAAUAUAUUUGGAGUGUGUGACCAAGCUGCUGUUCUAGAUUAUGGACAGUGUUUCCUUCGUCUGACAGUUUCGGAUAAACCAAAGACAAUUCGAGGACAGGUUGUUGUUUGCAAGAAUCCUUGCUACUUGUUAGGGGACGUCAGGGUGUUGACCGCUAUUGACGAAACAGAUAAUCCAGACGUUCGAAAAUUACAUCAUCUUGUCGACUGCAUUGUUUUUCCAACACGCGGCAAACGACCACAUCCUAAUGAAAUUGCAGGGUCAGAUCUUGACGGGGAUAGAUAUUUUGUCACAUGGGAUGAACAGCUGAUUCCAGGAUCGGUCAGGCCUCCCUAUGAUUAUCCAGGAACUAAUACUAAACCAGAAGGAACAAUAACGGAGGAAAAAAUAAUUGCUUACUUUGCUAGACAAAACGAAACACAGAAAUUGGUAGGCAGAGUUGACAAAUAUUACAACAGAUGGGCAAACAUAAAAGGUCCUACCUCCACUGAAUGCGAAAGACUUGGGCAGCUCUUCUCUAAAGUUAUCGACUCUAGCAAAACGGGUGAAGCAGUAGAAAUUCCAAGAGGUUUGCAACCGAGAGAUGAGGAUAAUGAGGAAGAUUCUGAUCUGCCAAAAUUUGUAUGGAACAAAAUGUAUAGAAAAGCAAAAGCCUUUAAGGAAGAAUUUACAUUAAGUGUUGUCGGGGUGGCAUACAUGAAUGAGUUGGCUUUUCGACACGAAAAGGUCAUAUAUCAACGAGAGGGUGGCAUACCAGUCGGAGAGCCGGAGGAUAGGUGUGAUAUUUCGGAAGAUUUCAUUUAUGAUUUCGCACAACAGACAUAUUCGAACGUAUCCGAAUACGAGAAAUUCCGAUUUCUAUUGAAUUACGAAUGUAGGCUAGGAUUACCAGAGGAAGACACACUUGAACUGUUGAUGGAAGACUUUUCAGAGCAUAUAAAUUUCUCUCUUUUUUCCGUUGAGGAACGCAAGCACGCUUUGGAACUAGGAAUUCCUACGAAGAUAUUACUAAAUGCUCUUAACAGCUCAAAAAUAAUUUCCGAAGACGAGCUUAAUUUCUUCCAGAUGGACAGUUCGGUGAACACAUGGCAGAAAUAUGUAUCACUUGAACACAAUUGCUUUGACUGGAGUUACCUUUUGAAGGCACUUACUACGAAUGACAACAACCUUCUUCUGUUUAAGAUGCCAGAUGGUGUGAUUCUUGAGUUACAGAUAGUAGAAAAACUCACAAUAGGGACAGAACAGCCAGUUACACCAGGAACAAUAACAGGACUGUUUUAUUCGAAACACUUCGGUUACAAAAUCAAGUACAUUCUGGGAAAAGAGUAUGUCUUGGACUUGACUGGAGAUACGUUUCAGCUGUACCGAGAUUGCAAGAAGAACCUUACAUUUGUGUGGCUGAAUGCAACAGAUAGAAAACAAGUAAAACGACACUGGAAUAAACGCGUUUGUGAUGAAGUUAGAAAUGCACUUAGCGUAGACUUGCAGAGAUUCAACAGGAGGAUACUAGAUCAAAGUCGAAAACACCCACUUAUAAACAAGAUGCCAUUUGUAAUGAUUGAAUUAUAUGCACAAAACUGCAAUGGAGAAAUACCAUAUUGGGAUAUUUAUGAUGCAAAUGACAUGCUUCCUGUUGCAGAAGAGCUGCCUGAAGAACCUGAAGGAGGCAGUGACUUCGAUGUUGAUUUUAAGUCAGCCUUUCCAAAGGCUGAAACUGACAUAGAUGCAGAAUCAGACGAAGAAUUUUGUGAAAAGCUCAAAAACAUUGCUGCCAGUGGAAAUCCAUAUGCGUUUAAGUCACUGUUAGACAGAUGGUCGCCAAAGAGGAUUCCAAAUGAAUCGGUUUUUUCUUUAAUUGAAAUGUUGAAUAAUUUUAUAUCAAAGGUAGUCCCUAUGCCGUUGCCCGAAGAAAUCAAGUUGGUGUUGAUGGAUAUAACAGUUAUUAUGUCAGAGAUCCUAAAUGCACCUGCACCGCUUCUUUCAGUUCUGUCUUUACUCACCAGGCUUGGGCUGAACGAUUUGAAAAUCCAGCUUCUACAAAAGUCCCUUGUUCAUGUCUCACAGGAAGAGUACCUUGAGGUUUUUGAUGACUGGCAUAGCUUUGUUUUCCUUGACCUUAAGUCAGCAUUUACUUUCGUGGAACAGCUCUUUAUUUCAUGGGCAACUUCAGCCGAAGAGGACUGGGAUCAAGCUGACGGUAAAGCCUGCCUGCAAUUAUAUGUUAGAAAUAUGAGCAUUCUCCAUCUAAGGGAUCAAGCUGACGGUAAAGCCUGCCUGCAAUUAUAUGUUAGAAAUAUGAGCAUUCUCCAUCUAAUGAAUCUGAUAUUUGAACUUCAUGAACACACCAUUGAGUAUGAUACAGACAGAAAACCCCCACCAAACAAACAAACGUGCAUUACGUUUUUAAAGGUUGAUACUACUGCUGAAAAUGAACCCACUGUAGUACAUUUCUAUAAAACAGGAGCCGUUGCCCAAAGUGCGUCUAGAUUUAAAGGCCAGUAUGUUAUGAUAUCAAAACAGAAUAAGAAGCAAGUUAUAUGCACUGGACAAAUUGAAACGCUUAAUACUGCACCAUGCACGAUAUCUGUGAAGAUUAUCGGAAAUAUACCAGACAUCCUGUUGCAUUCUAUGACCUCUGAAAAAGUCCAGUAUUGGAGAAUUGAUCUGAUUGGAAAUAUAGUUAUGUACCAGCGUGUUGUCUCGGCAUUCAAGAACAUUAUUUCAAGAACAGAAAUAAAUGAGAUAUUUACACAUAUUGUUCUGUCCUGCGACUUCAUUCCUACAAAAAUUAGAAGUGCUGACUAUGAGAAACAAUCCAACUUUGAGGCAAGAGAGGAAUUGAAUUCGAGUCAAAAUGAUGCCGUAAAAUACGCUUUGAGUAAAAACGUUUCUAUGAUUCAGGGACCACCUGGUACCGGGAAAACUGAAGUAGCUUGUCAAAUCAUAAGACAUGUUGUUGAGAUGAAAUUGUACAAUGGUAUUCUAGUGGUUGCAGAAACCAAUGUAGCAGUCGAUAAUCUCACACGCCGUUUGAGAAAUCAUGUUUCUGUUGUCCGUGUAGGACCAAUUGAAGGAGUGGAAAAUGACCUGUUUGAUGUAUCUUUGGAGGGUCAGGUUGCUGUAAUUGCCGAGAGAGAAGCAAGGAGGGCUAAGGUUCGUGACCAACAAGGAAACAUAUAUAAUAACACAAAGCUCAUUAAUAGAGUUCUGUCAGCAGCCGAUGUAAUUCUUACGACAUGUGCCGGGGCAGGAGACGUUCGGCUCGACAACUACAAGUUUCCGUUUGUACUUGUUGACGAAGCCACACAGACCCUUGAGACAACUUUGCUGUGCAGUCUUGUACAUGGUGCUGAACAUCUCGUGUUGAUAGGUGAUCCCAAUCAACUGGGACCUGUAGUAAAAGAAUGUCCAAAAGAGUGUCAUUCUCCAAACCUGCCAGAUGUUGGCGGAUUGUCUGAAACAUUAUUCCAUAGAUGGUUCCGCAAAGGAUCAAUACCAGUCGCUUUCUUAGAUAUCCAACACAGGAUGCAUCCAGCUAUUAUGGAGUUUCCAUCAGGAGAGUUUUAUGACAACAAGCUAAAAGCUGCAUCUUCAGUAACACAAAGGCUGCCCAUUGUGUUUCCGUGGCCAACAGACAAACCAGUCUGUUUUAUAGAUGUAAAUGGAAUGGAAAGAAAAUGCGGAACGUCAUUCUAUAAUACAGAUGAAACUGACAUCGUUGGAAAGGUUGUUGAUGUCUUACUCAGCGUUGACGAGGAAGCAUACCGUGAAAACAGACUCUCUACGCAUCAGAUUGGUAUUAUCACUUUGUAUCAAGGCCAGGUCCAAAAGAUGAAAGAAAAAAUACAGAAUGUUAUCAAAAUCAGCACUGUAGACGGAUUCCAGGGCCAGGAAAGAGACAUCAUAGUGGUAAGCACCGUCCGGUGUAAUGCCAACAACUCUCUAGGCUUUUCUGAUGACACUAGAAGAUUGAAUGUACUUUUAACCAGAGCGAAGAGAGGACUAGUUGUUGUUGGGAAUAAAACAACUUUGUUAUCCUCGCAGAUAUGGACUCGUUGGCUACAGAACGCUCCGGAACUACAUAAAGAGGCCAUUAAACCGGUGAAUGUUGCUACUAAGCAAGAUAAAAGACGCGGCGCUCGAGGUUCACCCAAAAAGCCCACAAGAAAUAAGUAAACGAAAACAACAGAUGUGUAUUGACUCGUUAAACAAGUAUAUAUUGUAAAUUAUAUUGAUUCAAGUGUUGUUGUGUUGGACAAUGCGUAUAGCCUCCAUAUGGUUUUAUAUUGUAUAUUUUUGUGCUUGUUGUAUACCGUUAUAUUAACGUUAAAUGGACAGAAUAUGUACAAAUUCAACUUAUAAAAGUAGAAAUCUCCAUCGGUGGCAGUAUUACUAACGAAGUAGUCGUCAUUUUGUAAUUUAUUAAAUGUCGUUAUGUUAUAGAUCAUAGAACUGAAAAAGGAACAAAUGAUUUUAGCAUAAUAUCUUGAUCAUUUUAUGACAAUGCCUAUUUAAUGAUUUGCCUAUAGCAAAACAUGUAUUUUCAUAUGUUUAAAUUUUUGCUUUUAAUGAUAUUUUAUUGCUACCCUGCAAGAGGAGUGAGAAAUCUAGAUUAAUUACCCUUGAUGAUUCUUGGAAUUUGUACAAAAAAUUCUGUAAAGACAACUGUAAAUAACCAAUAUCAAUAUAUGUCGGUAUUUUGUUUCAAGAAGUAACUGCGCUCUUUAUUCAUUUUGUUAAUCAAUGCAAAGUUUAAGAGACGAUAAGUCUUUGUGCGGUUGAAAUAACUGAUCUAUCUACAUUUAUUAUUUAUUCGUUUAUAGCAAAGUUAAGUUUCUUGUCUAGAUAGAUACUGUAUCUUAAUUUCAAAAUUGAAGAAAUGAAGUAUAGUUAAUGUGACAAAAUCUGAACGGAGUACACAUACUAGCUGUCACUAUAUACUUGCAGUGGUCCUGUUUUAGAUAAUAAUUUAGUAUUUUACAAAUGAAAAUUCUAGUUUGUUUAAAUGCCUAUGAUGAUCAAAUGUGAUGGGUGUAAAAUGCACAUCUUAAUAUUUCUCAAACAUACAGCAUACUUUUGUAGAAAAGAUUACAAAGUUUCAAGUGAUUCUUCUAUGAAAUCAUAUAUUUAUAGAUUUUAUUGAUAAUUAUGUCUCCCACCACACAGUGGUGUGGGAGACAUAUUGAUUUACUCCUGUCUGUUUGUCAAAAAUCUUGUCCGCACUCGAAUAUUUAUUAUCCGAUCUUCACCAGACUUGAACAAAAUGUGUUUGCCAAUAAGUCCUCGGCCAAGUUCGAUAACUAGCCAGUCGGCUCAGGCACUUCGGAAUUAUGGGUUUAGACUUGUUUUGAUAAUCAAAGCAGCGAAAGUCUGAUAAGGCAGUUGACGUCUUGGUGCUUGGUUGACUCAUCUACGAUUAUUCAGAUGAUUAGGCAGUUGUGAAGACACGCACUUUUCUCAAAAGCAGCUCGGGAUUGCUUCAAGUAAAACAUUUUGCAAAGGCAUCUCUAUCAUUCUGUGAUAGAAGAUGAUUUUGUUUGAACAUUUUAAUGUUUAUUUGUAAUAUGUCGUAUACAUGCGAUAUAGCAUAUAUUUUGAUAUCAUAUCUUAUAUUAUGUAUUCUCAAUUAUUGAAUUUCAUGAUUUAUGUACAAGAUUUCCAAUUUGUUAUAAGAAAAAGAAUUGCAACUCUUUCCUAAUAAUUAUAUAUGCACAGAAAUAUUUUCAGAAACCUAUCAGUGUUGCCUUUCGUAACAAAAUUAAGGUUUUGUUUUAUUUAGGAAUUUAAUUUAUUACGUUGUUGUAUGCAAAAAUAUAUAAUAAGUAUGAAAUACAGAGAGAGGAGUUAAUGGGUUGUUAUCUGAACUUUCUUAUUUUCUCAAAACAUUAUUUUAAAAAAUCAGCUGCUCGGGUUAUAGGCACCGUAUUUAUGGUCCCUGAAAUGGCAGGAAUUACUGAUAACUCUAACCUCUUCAUUUUUUGUGAAUUCUCACCGAAUUGGGCCAGAUGUUACACAGAUAGCAAAUCUUGGCUGCUUUCCACAACUUGCUGAAUCAUGUAAUAGGCGCCAGAGUUAUGCGCCCUUAAAAUUGCAGAUCUGCUGCCUUUAUACUUGUGUGUACUUAUACACUAAGUCUAUUCACUAAUACAAAACAUUUGUAACACACUAUGUUUGUACCAAUGUUACAAAUACAGUUCAUUUCAACAAAA